GCUGAAUCCACCAAUCAUCAUCGUUAUCGCUUUGCACCUAGGUAUUUGCACUGGUAGUUAAAUGCUGCGGUCCUGCUUUGUUUCUCUAGUACUUUCACUUUUAAGCAAUAGUCCUUCGCAAUCGGCUCAAGCACAAGAUAACUGGCUCACACUCACUACACUGAACAACUUUCAAACCACAUAUUCAAUUCACGGCACUCCAGCCCGCCAAUUGCCAAAAUGAAGCUCUCACUUCUUGCACUGGCCAGUGCUACUUCCGCGGCCGUCAUCACCACGCGCGAUGUUGUUUUCGAAGCCCGCAACUUCACCGCCAGCUGCGUCCCUCACAGCGCCAUGUGCUUCUACUCCCUAAAUGCCUUCAUGCCCGGAACCAUGGACACCCUAGGCUACAACUGCACCGCCUCCGGUGUGGGUGGCGUGGGAAUCCUCCCCGAGAUCAAAGGCGGCACCUGCCCUCCCUCAUCGCGUACUUUCGACGUCCUCCGAAACGCGACCGGUAUGACCGUCAUCGUCAGUGUUCAAGUCUCUCGUCUUAGCUACACCAGGGGCGCGCAUUUCAUCCCAAGUGAGCAGAUCCAGAUCAUCAAGGGCGUUACUCCGACUGGGGAUUACACAGCCUAUGUUGGACCCAAGGACUUUCCGCUGGAGCGGAUAUGGUAAUGCAGGGAUGAUGGACGUUGAAUGCGGGGCAUAGGUAUGCAAGAUGCUCGUGAUUAUGCAGCACAUUGUCACCUGUGGAUUUUAGUUGGGUGCAG